AUGUUUAUAAUAGCUAGUGAUAAAUUAGUAGUAUUAAUAGCGAAGAUGUCAUUACAAUAUCAUGGUGAUCCAUCACGUGAUAAUCAUUUUUGGGUAUAUUUACGGAAUCAACCAUUACAAAAUCCACGUUGGGAUACACAUAAUGCAGAACAAUUUUGUUAUAAUCAUAAAUUUAUUCAAUCUAUUGAUGGUCAACAAGGAAUCGCUGAAUAUCAAUGUCAAGGACAUAAUACAUUAUUUCAUGGUGAUACACUAAAACAAAAUUAUUUUAUCUACGUUUAUCCUAUGGAACACGAAACGAAAAAACAUUUGGAAAAUAAUUGGGAAACAUAUGACAUUAAUGAUUUAUGUAAUAAUUAUCAGUUAGUAAAAGAUGGUGUUAUUAAAAUAUAUAAAUGUAAUGGACAUCGUGCAUAA